AUGUACCUAAUGAAGUGUCGUGCCGGGACUCUCUCUUUUCUUCGUCUCAACCUUUUCUCUGCAACAUCGACACAGGGGUUGGAGCUCGAAAAAAGGAUCAAUUACCCAAGCGCUUUUACACUUUGUGUGUGGCUACGGAUACUUUCAUCCCAGCAUAAAUCAUCUGGCUCAUCUGGCUCAUCUGGCUGGGCCAUGUUGGAUUUUUCAACUCAAUUCCGCCUGCAGAAGGCAAACCAAGGUCCGGUUUCCAUCUCUCGUGAGGGUCAAUCAAGGUUAUCAGAGAUAAGCACCCAACACACCACACCUAUUGCCCAAUAUGUCCCACACAUUUGCCCUCCUCCCUUGUCUACCCUAGAUCAAUUCCAUUGCCCAAAAGCAGGGCAGCAUAAGGGAAGCUGA